UAGUUUACUUUGGCCAAGCGUGUCGUGGAUGGUGGACCGCUUAAUUCAUACGAAAAUAGAUCAAGCGAGGAAUUGUGAUUAAUCUUUCUUGUCGGGUAUAUUUUGUUAUCUCAACAACUUAAACAGCGUAUUUAAAUAAUGAUCGAACAAAAGAAGCGAGGCGCAGACCUGGCGAUUGUUCCCGCUGGUGUGAAGAGGCCCAGGACCGAGUUGAUUGCAGCGGCGCAGUCUCAGCAACUAGCCACCAUGGGCCCACCUCGCAGCUCAAGUUUGCAAGCUCCAAUAAUGUUGCUGUCUGGGCACGAGGGAGAAGUCUAUUGCAGCAAGUUUCAUCCUAAUGGAGCAACACUAGCUUCUGCAGGAUAUGACCGCCUCAUAUUGUUAUGGCGCGUCUAUGGAGACUGUGAGAACUUUGCCACACUUAAGGGUCACAGUGGAGCUGUGAUGGAGCUUCACUACAACACAGAUGGCAGCCUACUCUUCUCAGCCAGCACGGAUAAGACGGUGUGUGUGUGGGACAGUGAAACGGGUGAGCGUGUGAAACGUCUGAAAGGCCACACGUCCUUUGUGAACUCGUGUUUCCCUGCGCGCCGGGGUCCGCAACUGGCCUGCACCGGCAGUGAUGAUGGAACUGUGAAGCUGUGGGACAUCAGAAAGAAAGCAUCUGUUCACACAUUCCAGAACACAUACCAGGUUCUGAGUGUGACCUUCAAUGACACCAGUGACCAGAUCAUCUCAGGAGGCAUUGACAAUGACAUCAAGGUUUGGGACCUAAGGCAGAAUAAACUGAUUUACAGCAUGCAAGGACAUGGAGACUCAGUGACAGGUCUCAGUCUGAGCUCAGAGGGGUCUUAUCUACUUUCCAACUCCAUGGAUAAUAGUGUGCGGGUUUGGGAUAUCCGUCCAUUUGCCCCAAAGGAGAGGUGUGUGAAGAUAUUCCAAGGAAAUGUCCACAAUUUUGAAAAGAAUCUUUUGCGGUGCUCAUGGUCAGCAGAUGGGAGUAAAAUAGCAGCAGGCUCCGCUGACAGGUUUGUGUACAUCUGGGACACCACGUCACGCAGAAUCCUCUAUAAACUCCCUGGGCAUGCAGGAUCUGUCAACGAGGUAGUCUUCCAUCCCGAGGAACCCAUCGUUCUAUCUGGAUCCAGUGACAAGCGCAUCUACAUGGGCGAGAUUCAGUAAAGUGCAUGCUUGCGUGUACGUGUUGGGAUAAGGGGUCAAUAAUUUGGGGACAUUUAGUUUUAAAACAGUGUGUGCCCUGGAUAAAAUGUGGGAUUGCUUUUCUAUGCUUUUAAUAAACUUUUUUUUUUUGA